AUGAGAAAGCUAAUCUUUCGAUGCUUACUCUUGAUGAUUUUCAUCAGAAACGUGGAUAGUGUUCCAAUAUCCGCUUCAUGGAAAUUCAAUGCUACCUAUUCGAUGAAAAAUUCUAACGCGCCGACCAACUUCCAAAUUCUUCGCCCUCCAAACCCAACAGCUCUCCAAUUCCGAAACAGAUUCCAAAGAAACGCCCCGCCCAUCAGCAAGUUCCAACAACUCAUCGACCGUGUCUCCAUCCUUUCUCGUAUCUCCAAUGGAAUUGCUCUCCAAUCUGGUCUGAUGGAUGGAUCGAUUCGAAUCGAAGAUGCUGUUGGUGAGCUUCUCAAUUUUGGAUUAAUUCAAGUUAAAGAUGUUGCCAACUUCUCAUUGAAAUCCGUGAGUUCGGCUACGCAGAAACUCAAAGAAAUGCCCACAUCGUUGGAUUCGUCUGUCGAAGAGCUAGAGAACGUUGCAUUACUUUAUGAUCAGACCAGAGUUGAUUCUGAAGAAUGUAAAGGCGUUCUCGAUCUUCCUGGGAAGACAGAGUAUUUGAAUGCUAUAAAAACUUUCGAUACUGAUUUCAAGAAUGUCUCAUUCAAAGAACUGAACAGUGCCCUUAACGAUAUCAUUUUAUCACUGACAAACAUUGAAGAACUGGAUUUGAGCCUGAAGAGAAGUGACUAUGAUUUAAGCACGAUUUAUUUCACUAAAUUUAUCGGAUUGCCUAGGCAGCUCAAAACAGUCGAGAUCAAGUUUUCUGAGGUUAUAAGCGCGAUGGACAUGAAGAAGUUCAACAAAUUGAAAGAAAGUGAAAAAAUCUUCAAGCCAGUCGAAUUGAUGAUCAACCUCAUCAUGCGACGUCGAGAAAUUGAAAAAUUUCAGUCAACACCAAACUACAAGAUUGCCAAGAAAAAUUUUGAACAAGUUUUCGAAUUCGUAACUAUCUUGGAUUCAUCUAAGAAUGACGUUGCGUUUCUGAAGAGCUUAAUUAGUUCUAGAACCCAAAAAAACAUUCUACAUUAUACCGAUGGAUACCCGGGUGGGGUUUCUGACAUGAAGAAACUGACCGAUGAUGUUCAGGAUUCUUCUUUGAAACAGUUGACAGGUAGUUCUGUUUCACUAGAAAAACUGGCGAACGGGUUGAAACCUUUAUUCAAAAUCAUUGAUCAAACAUCAGUUAUUGAUGAGAAAUUGGCUUCAACUUCUUCGAACCACGUCAUGAAUGAUUUGAAACAUUUCAAUGAUAUUUCUGAAAUGGUUGUGAAUGUUUCUCAAAACUCUGUUGAAUCUGCUGAGACCUUCAAAAACUAUGUCACUUGUCAUAAUUUGGCGUUGGCGCGUGUCAUUUAUUCAGAAAUCGAAAAAAUCAUUAAUUCUGCGAAGAUGAUUGAAAAAAUGACGACUGGAAUCAUCGAAGUUUUUGGGAAUUUUAAUAUUGAAAAACUGAAGACCGACCACGAAAACUUCAUUACGAAGCUUGGGUUCAAAGAUAUUGAAGAUCCCAAAACUUCGAAAAAGGAAAUGAAAGACGUUUUGGGCAAGCUGAAAAAAAGUGAAGUAUCCGAUCUCCUUUCUAAGAUGAGUCAAAUUAAAGAUAGUAUUACUGUCAACAUAACUGCACUCCUGGAACAUGUUACGGUUUUAAAAGAGAAGGGAAAAGUGGAGACGAUUGCAAGAACUGUGGCAUCAGUUUCUCAGGAUCUCAUGUCGAUUGGAAAGAUCCCUGAAAAUAUGAAAAAGAAUGUUCAACCAGCCACCACAGAACUCAAUGCCAUGUCGGAUGCUCUUGAAACUUCUCGAAAUAUCAGCAAGUCCUUGAACACUUUCAAGAAUUUCAACGAAUUGAAAGGAAUGUCGGCUUCCGUUGAUGAGUUGGAUACCGUGGAAAAAUCAGUAGCCGAUGGAAUGAAAGCCAUUCAGAAUGCAGCUUUAAAAACUCAAAUGCAGGCUCAAUGGGGAAAUCAUACGGUUUUUGUCGACGAUCUGAAUUCCACAAUACACUUAUUGAAGGAUAACGAGAAGAGCUUGAAUUUGGAAAGUCUCAAAACCUUCGAGGCUCAUGGAAACACAAUUAAGGCCACACUACAAUCAGUGGACCUUCCGGAAAUGAAGCUUGCUGGGAAACUGAAAGCUUUGGAUACUUUGAUUCCUUCCACUAAAAAUUCAAAGGUGAAAUUGGAGUUGGAGAAGAGCAAGAAGACGUUGGAGAAACUAGAUUCACUGAAUCUCGACUUUUCAAGCCACGCCUCAACAAUCCAAAACCUUCCAUCUCGACUCAAACAUCUCUUCGAUUUUUUGGUUCAAUUCUCCAUUUCAAAGCCAGUGGUAGAUCCAAAUCUAGGACCUUCAAAACCACCUCAUAUCAUAUAUGCCAGCGAUCGGAACAGUGAAGAUAAAGAGGAGGAUUUAGGACUAAUCCUUGGCAUCACCGGUGGCUCAUUCAUAAUUCUCGGUGCAAUCGCUGCUAGCACGUUCCAACUCUACAAAUAUUACAAGUCACGAAUGAGUUUGAAAGGAAUGAAAAAGUGGAUUAGGGCACAGAAAUUCGAGACUCACUCGUCAGCAUACAGAUGCCAUGAAGCCUAUAUGAGAUGCAUGGUGAUUCCAUCAGAAUCGUUUACAAACGAUAAAAAAGCCGCUUCAUUCUCCUAUCUGCCAGAGAACAAGCAUCGAACCAACAACAGAUGGUGUAAUCCGGAAACUGCUCUGAAGCAUUUGAAAAAGGACGGAAAGAUAAUGUCAAUCCACGCCAACUUAAUCAAGUCUGCCAAUGGAAAGCAAUGGAUUGCCACGCAGGUCUGUCUGUGGGUCUGUUGGUCCAAUAGCAGAUACUCUUUUCAGGCUCCACUCGAUGAGAAUGAGAAAAAAAGAUGGGCGGACACCAAGGAAGAUUUCUGGCACAUGGUCGUUCACGAAGGUGUUGAGGACAUUGUGAUGGUUUGCAACUUUGUGGAGAAAGGUGAAAACAAGUCGGCAGUAUACAUCCCUCGGGAAGUCAACGAGGUGUUGGAAUGUGGAAGAUAUAAAUUGAAGACGUUGUCCUGCGAAAAGUUCAACGACUGUGCGAAAGUUGAGCUUCGCAGAAUUGAGGUUAAGGAUACCAAAAGCAUUUUCAAGAAAACCGUUGUCAACCACUAUCACUACACUGGAUGGCCAGAUCAGAAAUGUCCUGAGGAGGGAGAGUUUUUGAGUACGUACAAAAUAAUGAGUGAAGUGGAAAAGAGCAAAAAACCUACCGUAGUGCAUUGCUCAUCUGGAAUUGGCCGUACAAUGGCAUUCAUUGGGACCCAUGUGAUUGCAGAAAAUGUGAAAAGGGAUCAUGAAGUGACAAUGGGAGACGAGUUGACAAAACUUCGGAACCGUCGUUGGCAUUCGAUUCAAACUAUUCGUCAGUCGUAUUGGCUUCAAAUGUCAGUGUGCUAUAAACUGAACAAAGAUCACAAGUUGAAAAUGAAAGAGGAGUUUGCUGAAAUGUUCAAAAUGUUCUACGAAGUUGCAUUCAAAGAAAUGGUUACACCGGAGUUGGCUGCGGAGAGAAAGAAGAUGAGGGAGGAGAAGGCAAUUGCAGAAGCUGAAGGAAGGAAGUUUGAUACGACACAGAAACCGGACUCGGAUAUCGGGAAAGUGAUUCUCUAUUAA